AUGCCGGAAAGUUGGGGCACGCCAUCGCCUGCACAGAGUCCUUUGUACGGAGACGCAUUCUACGAUGACACGAUUGUCGAGGAGUCGAGCCCAUCCGAAGCGCAUUCGAUGCAAGAUUAUGGAGACGAAAGCCGGUUGGUCAGGAGUGCGAGCAUUGGGAGGAGAGGGAAAGCUGCGCUUGUGACGACGGGCUCACGUGAGGUCACUGGGGAGGGGGGCGAAGAGAAGCGACCGUCACCGACGCCUAUGCAGCCCAGUCCUUUUAAUGAGGGUACGGGAUACCUGGAACCAUCCUCAAAUUCUUCCACGACGGUUCCUUCCACCAAGAGCUCGAAGCCUCCCCCAGUUGGAGCCGCGCUAACCGCUGACGACAUAUUGAAUGCUUACGAUGCGGCAUCUGCAGUGGACUCGAGAACGUCUAGGAGAAUGUCGGCAUCCUCACAGCCUCCACCUCCCGCGCCAUUGCAGCCACGCGCGUAUAGCCGGUUGUCGGCCAUAAGACGACCGCCACGACUCGAUAUCGACGCUGUCAGGGAUACGGAGGCGCGAGGCAGUCUGACCAGUCUCCCGGAUCUUAUUCGAAGAGCCACAAGGCUGGCUGCGAGUCUGGACAGAGGCAAAAGGCCAGCGAGUCGGUUGAAUGAUCUCGAUGAUUUUCCGGUUGAGUUUUAUGGCGCUGGAACUAAGUCGGCAAACGUUGACAAGGAGUCUGAUGAAUACUAUGACAACCACCAGUCUGGUUUCUCAGACAUGCUUGCAGCGUUUCCACCGCCAGCUCAGGCUCAGAGUCGUCAGGGAGGUCUCCGACAAAGCAUACGCGACUCCGUUAUGUCGUGGCCGCUCCCACCUCUGAACCGGAACAACAACAAUAACAUCAAUACGAAUAACAACUUGACUCCCCGAGGUGCCCCAGACGACACGUCAUCAAGCACUGAAUCGACUCGCGGGAAGAAAGGUCGUCGCUGCUGCGGGCUACCGCUGUGGGGCUUCAUCACCAUCGUCGUCAUCGUCAUAAUCCUCAUUGCUGCCGCCGUGAUAAUUCCAAUAGAGUUUUUCGUCGUCCGCAGACAAAACGUCAACACGCAAGCCGAAGCAGAGCAACAAUGCCAAAGACAGGUCACUUGCCAGAAUGGCGGUACUAAUGUCGUCAUCAACGGCUUUUGUUCUUGCAUCUGCAUCAACAAUUUCACAGGCUUCGACUGCUCGGUAGCAGACAAUAUCGGCUGCACCACCGCCACCAUAUCAGGCGAUACUAAUAUCAGUAAUGUCACAGUGGGAAACGCUCUCCCGCGUCUCAUCGCACAGGCACAGACUAAUUUCUCGGUUCCCUUGUCCGGUACCACGAUCCUUUCGAAGCUCAACGCAGGCAACCUCAGUUGUUCAGCUGAGAAUGCCCUUGUGACCUUGAAUGGUCAGAGCACGGCUCUCGGUGCUUCCGCUGAAGCCGUGACGGAUAUGACUGGUGGCAGCUUCGACGUCGUCAACGCCAUUGCCUUGCAAGAGGCUAAGAUUGCCACGAUAACUGUCAUGGCAGGCCAGUCGACCACGACAACGUUGACGAUCGAAAUCUCCGACACACCUGCCACGUCAUCUGCGGCUAUCCCAACGACUCUACCGACUACGACCAUCACGAUUACGAGAACCUUCACCAGCAGCUGGCCUCCGCCGUCACUCACCCCAGUCCCAACGACAUCCUCAACAUCCUCAUCAACUCCUUCCUUGUUAACGCCUUCUCCAGUGCCGCCAUCUGCCACCAACCCGGGCUCGGUAUUCACUGUGACGAACGACGUCCUGGAUUUUGCGCGAGUUGGAAUCUUGUUCGUUCUUCAGCAGGAUUCGGUUGCGGAUGCCUCGACUGCUCAAACUGCGCUUCAGUCAUUUCUCUCAUCGUCAUCGGCGACCAUUGCAAGUGCGAGCAAUGUCACACUAAGCCCUGGGAACUCGAUCGACCUAGUCAAUUUCCGUGUCGAUGCUGGGACGGGGCUUGUCGGCUCGAGAAAUUCGGCAACGCUGAGGCGGGCUUUUGAAGAGGAGGCGGAGAGGGAGCUUUGGGAUCGCGAUUGGAUGCUAUAG